CCAUUACAAGAUGGCGCCGAGGAGUGCAGUAAACAUCUCAUUUUGGCCUUUGUCCCAGCACAAGUCUGCCCGGCAACAGCAAGCAGCCUAUCCCAGCUUGACUAGCUUAUCUAUAGUAGAAACAUCCUGUCCUGCCUAUAUAUGCCGCUCCCUUUCCUUCUCCCUCGCCUCUCAUCUUCAGCUCUCCAUUAAUCCAUCGGUACUCCAAUAAAAGUGUGAUAAGAGAAGAAUCCUCGUGUCGGUGGUCUUCUUCCCUGCCGGUCAGGGGGGCUCGCCACAGCUGGUGCCGAAACCCGGGAAGUAGGUCCAGUGGACACGUCUGAGGGGCCCAAGAAGGAUUCAGAACUCUACACAUGGAGUGAGUAAGUCUCCCCAAGACCGAGCUGAUCCGAUCUGGGUUCCAGAGAGGCUGACUUGCCGAGUUGAAAGCCCAAGAGAGGAGGAUUCGAAUCCCAGUGACAAAGAUGUGGAGAAGAAUAAUGAUGCUGUGGUGGCUGACUCACCUGACGAUCGCCAGUGAAAGUUAUUUUUGGUCUUUUUCUCACACGUGGCCAAUACCAGUGCCCGUGCAUAAUGAAUCCAAUGUUUUUCCUCAAUUUUACUCCACCCGAUGCCAUUAUGGGGUACCUUGUAAAUCUAAAGAUCAGUCUGAAUUGAAGGUGCAAAGUUUUAAUCAGACUCGGGUUCCAUUGGCAGGAACACUUUGUUUUUCCAAUUCUUUUCAGUCACAAUGUAUUCAAAUUCAGAACCAAACGCUGGCAGCUUUUGAUGAUCCACUUAGAUAUCUACGACCAGGUCUUCCGGUCGAGAUGCUGACUGAGGCAUUAAUUAAAGUCAGCGCAGGCCAACAGUCAGGCUCGGGCGAUGGUAGUAAUGACUUGGACACAGUUAAUACUCAUACCUUUUGGAUGAACAUGACAUUAUUGAUACCCAUGAUCUCUAAGGACAAUAGUAGCAGGAUAUACAACGGGUCUAAGCCUACUUAUCUUUGUCCAAAUGUCCUUCCUGACUACCCACCUGAGUUUUUACACUGCAGGGGACAAUUUGAUAGAGUGUUUCCCAUUUCACCUGGUUUCUGGUUUACAAUUGAUCUAGACAGAUACAAGUAUCGUAACAAUUCCACAAAGAAAGGAUGGCCUUUAUCAACCUGGACCCUUAUUAACUCUAAGGGUGCAGUCUGUGAUCUAUCGCCUAUAGUCAAUUUGGAAAAUAGUAAGGUAGAUCUGUUCAAUGUUUCUGGAGUCCUAAACUCCACUACUAAUAGGCUUGUAGUUAAUAGUCUUCAUAAGCAACAUAAUAUGACAUUCUCUAGAGGUCGCAUGUGUGUAGAUCCUCCAUUUUUGUUUUUGCUGUUUAAUUAUUCCUCUCCAGUAGUGGAUUGCAAGAACCAAAGUUGUUACAUCAGUCAGUGCUGGGGCAACAGAAAAUAUGACUCAGCUUUAGUAAUGCGCAUGCCUACCCUAGUACCUAUCCCCGUUAGGGUCGAUCCAAGUGAAUUUCCUUUGGUUACCUUGUUUAGACAGAAAAGAGAUUUUGGCAUCACUGCCGCAAUAGUCACUGCAAUUGCGGUUUCUGCAGCUGCAGCGGUCACUGCAGGAGUUGCCAUGGCUAAUCAGGUACAAACAGUUACUCAAAUUAAUGAAAUAGUACAGAAGACUUCUACUGCUCUUUCCUCACAAGAGAAAAUGAAUGCUCAUUUUGCAUCAGGAAUCUUAAUGCUCAAUAAGAGAAUAGACCUCUUAGAGGUAGCCUUACAAGAUUUAUUUGAUGUCAUCUCUACAAGCUGUGUAGACAGAACUCCCCACAUCUGUGUAACACCCUACUCUGCGACCCUCAAUGAGUCUAAGCAGUUGUCUAAUAUUCUGAGUGGAAAUUGGUCCAGAGAAUUUGAGCAAUUACAAGCUAAUUUCAGUUAUCACAUUCAUGUGCUUAACAGCACCAAGGUAGAAUUGGUCACUAUAGGACAAUUUUCAGAUUGGAUGGUAAAAACCUUUUCCUAUUUUAAAGAGUGGAUAGGAGUUGGCAUGUUUGGCGCGUUUUGUCUGGCAGGACUAUUUCUAACUCUAUUCCUUUUCUGCAAAUUGUGAGCAGCUCGGAACAGGGAAAAGGUUGUCAUUGCUCGAGCCUUGACAGCUCUGGAAGCCGGCCAAUCUCCUCAAGCCUGGAUCAGCCUCUACAAAGAUCUCUGAGGCUUUAUUACUCAGGCAUUUGCAGCCCUGGAAUUAUGCUCAAGCAUUUAGACAGCUGACCGGACAGCUCUUGCACGCCCGGAACUCAGGUUCAUUACACUGGGCAGAGUGUCCAACUCAGCACCCAAGGAGGGUUGUUGAACAAGGUAUCGCACAGAGGGCCACUAUCCCCCUGAGAGACAUGUCAUUCCGCAUAAGGGUUGCCUGCCCAAGUUUCCCUUUCCCAGAAAAACGGCAGAGGACAGGUCGAGAGUAUCUCGGGCUCCAGAAUAGGCUUAGAGAUUACUCCCGUACAUGGUCUGAUAAAAGGGUGGGAGGUACGACCACUGUCUCUACCCUCUCAUUUGGGAGAUCUAUUUGCUGCAUAAUAAAACAAAAGGAGGGAGAUGUGAGGGGCUGCCUAUUGUUCCUGCAAACGCCAUUACAAGAUGGUGCCGAGGAGUGCAGUAAACAUCUCAUUUUGGCCUUUGUCCCAGCACAAGUCUGCCCGGCAACAGCAAGCAGCCUAUCCCAGCUUGACUAGCUUAUCUAUAGUAGAAACAUCCUGUCCUGCCUAUAUAUGCCGCUCCCUUUCCUUCUCCCUCGCCUCUCAUCUUCAGCUCUCCAUUAAUCCAUCGGUACUCCAAUAAAAGUGUGAUAAGAGAAGAAUCCUCGUGUCGGUGGUCUUCUUCCCUGCCGGUCA